AUGGACUUGGCUCCUGGCCAUAGCAUCGAGGAGGCCGUUGAGCUUCUGCGAGCUGCAGACUUCCGUCUGUUCUGCAUUGAGCGUCGUGUGUCCACUCUUGAAACGCAGAUUUCUGAGCUGCGUGAAGUGCAAAGACGGCUUAACGCUACAGUGCUUCGUGUGGAGACGCUGGAACAAGACAACGCAGUAAUCAAGCAUUGCUUUUCUUCGACACAGCCAGGGGUCAGUCUUCGAUCUGAAGUAGCAUCUCUUAACAACGUGGUUACCCAGAUUGUGGACUCAGUCAAUCGCUUGGAGCCUGAGUUACAGCUUCUUUUGCGUUGGCGGGAGCGCUUCACUUCCGCUUUGCAGGCCGAGCUUCAGAACUUAGGUCACCAGCUUUGUGUGGUAGCAUCGCAGCUCGAGGCCUUUGCUCGGCAGCGGGCUCGUUUUGCUGCGCUGAUUCGGUCGGAUGAUUCUGUGCGCUUUGAGGCUUUACGUAAGAUUAAGACCUUGACUUUACUUGAUCCUGCUGCCUCGGAGCUGGGGCGGCUUCUCAUCGGCGAGGCCGCUAUCUUGUCUGACCCUGAGAGACUUCAGAAGUCCUUUGCUGACACGUUCGCUACGAAGAGCACUGCAACAUUGGCCAAACGAGCUUCCUCUUUCUGGAAGUUUGCCGAGUUUUGCUUGAUGUUCGAUUUUGGCUCGCCCUUUCGAGCGAGCGAGGCGGCUGUCUAUGCAUAUAUCCAGGACUUGCAGGCCCACGGAGCUCCUACAUCGGCCAAGGCUUUUCUUGAAAGCUGGAAUUUUCUGUCAGCGCUGCUGGGUUUCGCAAAACUUGCAGGCCAAUCUCCUUUGUCAGGCCGUGUGCGAGGAGCUGCUGCCGCGUUGGCGGCCACUAAGAAGCCGCUGGUCCAAGCCUCACCAUUGUCAGUUCCAAUGAUUCGGGCUCUGGAAAGGAUUGUGGUGAAGCCUCCGUAUCCUCAUUGGCGUGUGAUUGCUGGGCACAUUCUUUUCUGUGUGGGAAGCUGUUCUCGCUUUUCGGAUACAAUCCACCUCAAAUCUUUGGAGCUUCAGAGUGCGGGAACCGUGCAUCUUUUGGAAGCAUCGUCUGCAUCUUACAAGACUGGUACUGGCGAACGGAAGACCAUACUUCUGCCGCUGCUCUGCCUGGGAUCUUUCGUGUACCCCACGAUUUGGGCGCCGCUGUGGAUGGAAGCCCGAACUGAUGCUGGCCUCGGCCUCAAUCCGUCACUGCCUGCAUUCAGCGAAGCCUCGCAGUCUUGGUUGGAGCGUCGCAUGUCUACUGGUGAGCUUACCAUGUACCUGCGUGAGUUCCUCGUAGCCAGUCACAUCGACAUUCCUUCGGAGUCCCGCGUCAGCAGUCACAGUAUGAAGGCCACUUUUCUUAGCUGGCUAGCCAAAUUCGGAGGCGUUUCUUUGGAGGACCGCCGCAUUGCAGGGCACCACUUGGACCCUGAUUCCCGGUCCCCUCUGACCUACAGCCGUGACGAGCUGUGCCGCUUGAUGAAGAUUUUCGAGGAUAUCUUGAAAGCCAUCCGUUCCGGCCACUUUAAGCCUGAUGACAGUCGCGUGAUGCGUUUAGCUGUCAUGGUUCAGGCUGAGUCAGGUCCUCAGCUGCAGGAGAAACUCCUCGAGCAGGACCCAUAUGUCUCCGAUUCCGAAGCUGGUGAUUCCGACAUCAGCCCAGAGGAUCUGGAGGCCCGAGCCGGUGGAGUCCCCCUGGACGAAGGCUUGAACGCCAGGGCACUCGAGCUCAACUUUACCGAGGAGACCCUGGCCAAAUUGGCGGCCAUCAAUGUGGUCGAGCGCACAGAUGCUUCUGAACCUGUUCGGAUGCCUUUGGCCGAGCGCACACAACGCCUGGCCGCUCUUCAGAAGAGACUUGUGGGCAUUCACUGGACAUCCGACAUUGAGCCUUCCCAUAAGCUGCAAGACUUGGUUGCUCAGAUGGUUUCUGAUCAGUCCUUGCUUUGGAUUCCGUGGGAUCGCCUCACGAGCCGAGCUUUGGAAAUCACAUCCGACAAAACCGAUCAAUCGGUCAGCUUCGACAGCGCCGGGAACCUCAAGCUCGUGAAACGCUCAGCUGAGCCCUCCUGCAGUACCAUAGGCGAAUACGCCGUUAAACUGGCACUUCAGCGGAGGAGUUUGGCUUUCGAAUUGGCCCGAAUCUGCCGUUACGAGUACCUCGAAUCUUGGCAUGAUCAGUUGCUGCAGGUGCACAUGCGUACCCAGCCAUCCGGCCAUCAGCGAGUUUCGAUUGCUCAGCUUCGUGAAGCCGACAAGUUCCUGUGGACGAGGAUCGCCGAGGACACGCGUGGCUCACUGUCCAUGCGCUCAGACGGCUCGUACCCUUUUGAGGUCUCGCUUGCAAAGUGGAAGGAUCACACGCAGGUUCAGUGCUACCUGCUUCCGCUGAUGCGAUCUGUGCCUCCGCCCCCAGCUCCGCAUGUGCCCAACAGCCCGCCCAGCAAGGACGGAAAAGGGGGCGGCAAGGACAAAAAUCAGAAAGCCCUGAAGGUUCGCAAGGACACUCCCGGCGCGGAGAAACCCAGCCGCCACCUGUGCUGGAAGUGUUUGGAGCCGCAUCCGGCCUCUGAGGAUGACGAGACCGGUGGCAAGCGUCUUUCGGCUGAGGAGUUGGCCGACCGGCUCCUUGCUCAGCCCACUGAACCGGUUCCGGAGGGCGCUCUGUUAGUUUGGGGGCCUUUGCUUUUUCAGGAUUUUACUUGCACAACCAUUGCCGUCUUCACAAAUCUUCGAACACAGCUUCACCAAGAUACCGCCAACGAUUCGAGAAGCCGCAACCUUCUUUAUCCGCUGUCAAAAUUUUCUGCCGGAGAUGUCUGGAUCGAGUCUCCCCAGGGAAAGGUUCCUUUCGAACACCAGGGCGAGAUUCUCUGGGGAGAUUCACUGCCGGUGUCCCAGGGGCUUUGCUAUCUUGAUGCGCCCAACCGCCGACACGCCACUUUGGCCUGGCAGGGCGAGCGCAGUGUUCUGGUGGGCUACACGGCCCGAGGAGCCGAUUGCAUGCCUCAGGAGACGCGAACUUUCCUUGAGGACCUAGAAUUUCCCUUGCCCCCCGCGGGUCCAAGGCCCAUCCCUAAGACUAAUCCCGAGCCCGUUAAGCCCCCCCUUGCUGUCGCCGACUCCUGCAAGCCUCUCUUCGUCGAGAUCUUCGCAGGCUGCGCACGGCUUUCCAAGCAUUGCCAGUUGACUCUCCUUGGAACCGUCACGUACCUGAACAUCCGCUUCUUAUGCUGGCCCAUCAGCAAGAAGGCGAGAUUGGCAGGUGCUCCUGAACCUGUCCCGUUGAGGGAUAACGAUCACAUUCUGGGCCUCCCCAACCUGUGGCGCCGCAUGAUAGAUGUGCGCUUCCACAAUUGCAUGAAAGGCGGUCGCAGACCCAAGCACAGUCGCUUUCGGUGCAGUGAUUCUCGCUUGUCUAGCAUGGCUGUAGAGUGCGACAAUCAGCAUCAACAUGAUCCCUACCUGGUCUAUCAGACCGGCCGACAGUGGAGGUUCAGUACCGCUGAAGAGGCGGAAUAUCCGCCUCAACUGUGCCAGGAGGUGUCGCAACUGCUGGCCGCGACAGCCGGUUUGCCAUCCUGCUUGGAACCGCCGGCAGGUCCACGCGCUGUCUGGCCCCAGCCACGUGGGAGCCACAAGCUAAUCCCGGAGUUCCUCGAGUUUCGCACCGAGGCUCCCCUAGAUAGGUUCGGGGUGUACAGAACGCCUACCGAGUUCAUCGAUUGUGCCCUAAAGCUCAGCCAUCCCUUUGACACUCAGCACUGUGUCCCAGAUGCCGUCAAAAGGAACAUCUUCCGACGGCUGACCGAAGGACCGUCUGCUUUUGCUGAAGAGAGGCUCAGACUUUACAACAGGCUCAACCAGAUGGAGAAAGAACUUCGCUACGAGGAGGCGCGACUGCAUUCUACCCUGCCUGACCACACUCGCGAAGUCAUCAAGGGAAAGAACCUUCUGCUAUGGGCACAAUUGCUGAAGGAGACCAAAUUUCCUGAUGAAGGAGUCUUCGACUUGAUGAUAGGCGUCGAUCUGGAAUCGCCGGCUACAUCCACACCUGAGCUUCUCCUUGAAUCAGCUCGCUGGCGCAGAGAGAGGCUCAAGGGCCGUGAUCCGCACGAGAAAGAUCCAGAGGCGACCUGGCAACUCUGGGAUUGCACUCUAAAGGACCGGGACGACGGCUUUCUCACAGGGCCGUUCUACGAUGAGGAAGAAGUGAAAAAGCACCUUGGAGUGGAGGAGUUCGUCUGUUCGAGAAGGUUCGUCAUCGAGCAGGGCACGCCAGAGAGGCCCAAACUUCGACCGAUCGACAACUACAAGGAGGGCGGGGUCAACGAAGCUUACCAUAGCCUCGAAAAGCUCGCCUUGUUCGAUGUCAAUUGGAUGACGGCGAUGGCAACUUACAUCGCGCGGGUCUCGGAUGGAACCGGUGCUUUGGAAAUUGUUCUCAGCACGGGAGAAAUUCUACGCGGAGAGCUGCACUCUUCUUGGAAGGCCAAGAAGCCCGUCUGGCAGGGGCGAACGCUGGAUUUGGAAAAGGCGUAUCGUCAAGUUCCACUUUCAACGGAGUCGCUGCGACUGGGGGUCGUCAUGGUCACGGACCCUAACAGCGGCAAGCCUUGCUACUUCGUAGCUCAGAGCCUGCCCUUCGGUGCAUCAUCGUCUGUGUUUGCUUUCAACAGGCUGUCGAGAUCGAUCUUGCAUCUGAGCUGGAACUUGAUUGGCAUGAUCUCAGGAUGCUUCUACGACGACUUCCCGCUUCUUGAAAUCCAAUCUUCCGCGAAGCUUGUUUCUGAAUCGUUCGAACACCUGCUGAGGAAGAUCGGGUGGAGGUAUUCCAACGACCCGGCCAAAACCUCGCCUUUCAAUGAGAGCUUCGACCUACUUGGAAUCCGUCUUAAUGCAGGCGACAUCUCCAAUGGCGUCGUGGUGCUCCAAAACAAGGCAUCAAGGCUGGAGAAGAUGAAAGAUACUUUCAUCCGCAUGGCGUUGAAUGGUGAAUGGGAUCUGCGGCAGAUUCAGUCGCUGCAAGGGCAAGUGAACUUCGCUUUGGGCUUUGCUUCGGGAAGGGCAAUGAAGAUGCUGCAGCGUGCACUUGGAAGCUUCAUCAGGAAUCCUGAAGAUCGCAGCGCGAGUGAGUUCAGGACACUUUGCGAGUUCGGGAUCCGCUUGAUCGACGAGUGCAAACCGAGAGUCUUCGCCUGCCGAGGGCCAGAACAACCGGUGUUGAUCUUCACUGAUGCAGCUUACGAAAAAGGUGUCGCCACAUACGGCGUGGUGGUCCUGGAUCCAUUCACUUCUUCUAAGCUGGUGGCCGGAGGUCGCAUCCCGAAGACUUUGGUGGAAUUCUGGAAGCUCGACAGUCCUGAACAGGUGAUUGCUCAGGCCGAAGCUUUCGCCGUGGUCCUCGCAAGAGAAGCUUUCAGAAAUUUCAUACACGGCAGACGAACCAUUUACUUCAUCGACAACGAGGGCGCGAGAGAAGUCUUGAUUAAAGGAGCGAGCAAGUCACGCACGCUUCUGCUUUUGGGAUCGCGCUUCUUCGAGAUGGAAAACUUGGAUCAAAGCUUGACGUGGCUAGAAAGGGUUCCGUCUGCCAGCAACGUGGCAGACGGGCCGAGUCGUGGUGAGAUCGCCGAGACGGCGAAGGUCAUUGGUGGCACGAUCGUUGAUCUGCAGGAGAAGGCGGAAAUUCUAGGAGAGUUGUGCAAAUCGACUGUACAGAUACCUUGGAAGCUGCUCAAGUAA